GUACUUCCGUCAGAGAGUUUCUACUGACAUUUCGAGAUGGCAACCGUAGACGUGGAGGAUGAAAGUAUUCUGGCAUCUAUCUUCAAAGAUAGUUUCCCAGACAAUUGGAGAGAAAAUCCAGACUUCACAGCUUACUUAACAGAGCUCAGCUCGUAUGGCGUGGAUACGUUAAAUCGAGAACCCGAGAGGUUGGCAGAAGAAAGAGCUCAGAUAUUGCAGCUGACUCGUGAACUCGCUUUCUCCAACUACAAGACCUUCAUUCGCACAGCUGACUGCACUGAAGAAAUAUAUCGAGACUUCGGACGUGUUGAGAGAAGUGUAUCUAAGCUCCUUGACAAAUUACCAAGCUUUGGAGAAAGAUGCAGGGGCUUUAUGAAGGAGGCGGAGGAGAUCGGGGCCAGUCGGCGCAUGAACAGCUUGACACUGAACCGACACACCGAGAUAUUAGAGAUCUUGGAGAUACCUCAGCUAAUGGACACCUGCGUCCGCAACGGCUACUACGAGGAGGCUCUGGAGCUCGCAGCGUACGUCAAAAGGCUAGAGAAAAAGCACUCUUCAAUACCUGUUGUUCAGGGGAUUGUCAAUGAAGUGCGUCAGUCUGCCCAGCUUAUGCUCAACCAGCUCCUUCAGCAAUUGCGCAGCAAUUCUCAGCUUCCUGUAUGCCUGCGUGUAAUUGGCUACCUGCGCAGAAUGGAUGUCUUCACUGAGGCCGAGCUGAGGGUGAAGUUUUUACAGGCUCGGGGCAGCUGGUUACACUCCAUGCUGGCAGCAAUUCCUGAUGACGACCCGUACUUCCAUAUCACCAAAACGAUUGAGGCAUGUCGAGUCCACCUGUUUGACAUCAUCACUCAGUAUCGGGCCAUUUUCUCAGAUGAAGACCCUCUCCUGCCACCAGGAGGGCAGAUGGUCAAUGAGAGCGCUAUCUUCCACGGCUGGGUGGUUCAGCAGGUCGCGCAGUUUCUGGAGACUCUGGAAAGGGAUCUUCAGCGGGGGAUAGGGUGCCGCUUGGACUCCCUCCUGGGACAAUGCAUGUAUUUUGGCCUGUCCUUCAGUCGAGUUGGUGCUGAUUUCCGUGGUCAGCUUGCGCCGAUGUUCCAGCGGGUAGCCAUGGAUACAUUCUGCAAGGCGGUGCAGGAAGCUGUGGAGAAGUUCCAGGAAGAUAUGAAUAUGUACACGCUCAUCUCUCUGCCCUCUAUGCUGGGCAAUGCCAUCCCCCCUGUUGCACCCAGCACUCAGCCUGGCACCCUCCAGCCUCCCAUGGCACUGUUGAAUUUUCCUCCACUUGCUUGCUUCCUCAAUAACAAUUUGACAGCCUUCAAUGACCUUCGACUCUGCUGCCCCAUUGGCCUAGCCCAGGAUGUCACCAAACAGCUAGAAGAUGCACUUCUCAAGGUGACCAAGCUCAUCUUGGUGUUUCACCGAGCAGAGGAGUCGGCUUUCAGUAGUAAGGAGAAGGAGUUAUUCGUCCAGUUCUGCUCUGCAUUUGCAGAGGACAUGGUGCCUUUCCUGAACCGCUGUCUGCAAGUCCUCUUCCCCCCUGCACAGCUGGCAAUGAUCCUAGGUAUUCCUCCAACACAAGUGCACAAGUAUGGGAGUCUGGGUUGCAUUGAUGUGAACAACAUUCUGGAGCCUCUGGAGUUUGUCUUACCCAAAAGAGAAGUGCUCAUCCCUGUAGUAGACCUCAGUGAUGACCUAAGCAGCCUGACCACAAUGGAGUCAGAACUUCAGGAGAAACGUUCUGAAACUUUGCAAACCUCUGAAGAAACCAAACCACCUCCUGAUCCCAAAGUAACCAUGGAGCCUUCCUCAGACAUACCAACUGGAGAUCAAACCACUGACACUGCAGACAAUCCUACAGAAGAUGCUAACUUAAUGGACAUUGACAAGGAGUUUUUAUCUGGUUGAAGAAAAACAUAGUUUGAAUGCAUUUGGGUAGGGGAUCUCAUCACGUAAUGCAACAUACAUACAACCAAUUCAGAUUUAAAUCAUUUAAGAAUUACGUACAGUACAGUUCUAAUUACACAAAUUAUAGUAUGGACCAAUCUAUCAAUGUUACUGUAAGUACUUGUACAUAUGAAUAUAUUGGGUUUUAACUGUUUAAUAAAUAUUGUUGUCUUGUUACAAUGGAAAAGGGAUAAUCUCCAGACUUGAAACAAUGAUGGUUCUGCCUUUGGAUGACCGUGUCUACAUUUUUCUUUCCCCUCUUUUUAACCUGUUACAUAACCACAAAUCUUCUAAUAUGUUUGAAUAAUCAUUGGAUCCGAAUUGUAUAAUCCAUUAAAACCUUGUAAAUCUUG